GCUGACAGUGCACUUGGAUUUGCACCCACCAGCGGAACAAUGUCGUGGCUGCCAUCAUACCUGUGUGGAUGUUUUCUGCUUCUGAGCUGGCCUGGUGUGCUCGGUGAAAGUUGUCUGCGCAAGACUCAUGUUCUAUCCAGAUGUCUGAGCGACAACGAUGUCGCCUUCACGGAUCUGUUCAAGAUCGUGAACCUAUUUGACACAGACGCAAAGGACUUUGACAAGCAGUGUAAAGCCAUAGGAAAGUUCAAAGACGCGUGCCAGUGCCUGGACAGGGUGACCAAGCAGUGCACAGGGAUCUCGAUGAACUUCCUCCAGCUGUACUCUGUGUGGGAGGCAGCCUGCACCGAUCGUAUGGUGCACAGAGACUGUCUGAUGGACGCUGCCGCCUCAAGAUGGGGGAUUGGUUACUGCUUUGUGAAGAACAUGCUCAAAGGAGGAUAUCGAUGACUGUGACGAGUACACACAUGACAUCCUAGUUCGGAAAGGAAUUCUUCAACUAACUGAUGACAUAUGCAAGGAUGGCCGGGGGGUGCUCUCUUUUCUAUCCACCAUGCUCAGCAAUCUAUGACGUCAUUAGCCCCCUCCGCUUCCAGCCUUUUUUCGCCAAUUUAUUUUUUUCGUUUUUUUUUUCAAGGGUGCUGCGUGCACGAUGAAGUGACAGUUAAAUUAAAGGUUAAAUAAAAAGUCCAAUCCCUGCU